UUUGAUUGAGAUUGAUUUUUGUAAUCAAAUAUAACAACAAGAAGAUUUUUGUGUAGUUGAAACUUUCAAUUUCCCAAAACAAUUGAUAGUUAUCAUUGCAAAGAUCCUAACCAAAAGAUUUUAUAAACUUGUUUUCCUUGCCAAAUUUGUCAAACUUGGUGGCCCAUAUUUUAGCCACCUCCCAAAUAAUGCAAUUUUAUCUCUUCAAGACUCCCACUUAUUUCACAUACAUUUAGAUAAGUCUUCAAAAAAUACAACCAAAAAUUUUGACAGAAAAAAAUGGGAAUCUCUAAAACCAGUGAAAUUUCAGUGCCAACAAAACUCGACUAUGAUAGAGCAAGUGAACUGAAAGCCUUUGAUGAAACAAAAGAUGGUGUCAAAGGACUUGUUGAUGCUUCUAUCACACACAUCCCUCGCAUGUUCCAUCACGAAAUUGAUAAAGAUUCAGCUUCAUCUUCAAGUAGCGCCACCAAACUUGUUGUUCCUUCUGUUGAUCUUGCUGACAUUCAUCUAGAUCCAACAAGAAGAAAAACAGUGGUUGAGAAAAUUAGAGAAGCAUCUGAGACAUGGGGUUUCUUUCAAGUUGUUAAUCAUGGAAUUGAAAUUCCUGUUUUGGAUGAGAUGAAGAAUGGAGUUACUAGAUUCUUUGAGCAAGAUUCUGAGGUGAAAAGAGAACUAUACUCACGUGAUGAUGCUGUGAAACCUUUGGUUUAUAAUAGUAACUUUGAUCUUUAUAGUUCACCCGCUGCUAAUUGGAGGGAUACCUUUUACUGUUUCAUGGCUCCUCAUUCUCCUAAACCAGAAGAUUUGCCAUCAGUUUGCAGAGAUAUAAUGUUGGAAUAUUCAAAGGAAGUUAUGAAACUAGGAAACGUAUUGUUUGAGUUAUUAUCGGAAGCACUUGGACUGAAUCCAAACUAUUUAAAUGAUAUGAGAUGCAAUGAGGGACUUGUAGCUGUUUGCCAUUACUAUCCUCCCUGUCCACAACCAGAAUUAACUUUGGGAACAACCAAACAUACUGAUAAUGACUUUAUCACCGUGCUUCUGCAAGAUCAUAUUGGUGGCCUCCAAGUUCUUCACGAGAAUAAUUGGGUUGAUGUAUCACCUAUACCGGAUGCUUUAGUCAUCAACAUUGGUGAUCUUCUACAGCUUAUAACAAACGACAUAUUCAAGAGUGUUGAGCAUAGAGUAGUGGCAAACCAUGUUGGUCCAAGAGUAUCAGUUGCGAGCUUUUUUAGCACGAGUUUUCAACCUUCAACAAAGAUUUACGGUCCCAUAAGGGAAUUACUAUCAGAAGAAAAUCCUCCAAAGUAUAAGGAAACUACAGUUCGUGAUUAUGUUGUCUUUUCCAUGGCAAGAGGCCUAGAUGGAACUUCUCCUUUGCCGUAUUUUAGGGUUUGAAAUUUCCGAUUAACAGUAAAGAUAUGGUGCACCCCGAUGUUUUCUCAAAACAAGUUGUUUCUCCGAAUGUCCAAGGUGUGGUUGUUUCUCCGAAUGUUCAAGGUGUUGUUGUGAAGGCGGUAGAUGUUGGUAAUGACUUUAAAAACAAGCAAGAGUUUGAAUCUCGUGAUCAAAUGCUUCAAUGGAUUUGUAUGGAGACCUCUAAACCAUGAUUUGGUGUGGUUAUCGGAAGGUUCGAAAAUGCUUCGGAUAGAAGAUGCGCCUUUGCGACAAUGAUUUGCAAAAGAAGUGGGAAAUAUAGAACUCCUCUCCGGAAUUUUAAAAGAGACGACACCGGUAUAAGAAAAUAUGAUUGUCCGUUUAAGGUUUGUGCUUACAUGUUGGCAAAUAAAAAUUGGAGAUUUAAUGUGAUAUGUGAUUCGCGUAA